CAUCCCUGCCCAGCAGAUCAUGGCGUUGGUGGCUGCUCUGAACCCCGGUUUCGAGACGAAGGAGUACGACGGCAACUUGUCUCCAAGCCGGCGGCGGAAAUACUAGAUUGUCCGAUAUCGAGGUGGAGAAGCAAUCAGCGUUGAUUUCAAAUACUACUGCAUCUUCAAACCUAUAUAUCCCGACGAGCGACAGCCCACCCAAGUUGACGAUUGAAGGGCAAAGGGGCAUUUGAGCACAUCUCCCACGCCUACUAAAGCCCCUCAGUUCGAUUCCUUCCCGCCCUUCCACACCGAAGCUACCUACAAGUACACACUCUCCGCUCUCACCAUGUCCCACACCAUCCUGAUCACAGGGGCGUCGGGAUACCUGGGGGGCACGUUGCUGGCGCUCUGGUCCCAGGCCGACCUCCCGCCGUACAAGCGAAUGCUCGCGCUGGUGCGGACGGACGAGCAGGCGGCGACCGUGAAGAAGGAGUACGGCGGCGUGGCGGAGCCCAUCAUCUUCGACUCCAAGGACGAGGCCGCCGUGCGCAAAGCCGUGGUCGACAACCAGAUCACCGUCGUGUUUUUCCUGAUCGACGCCAUGAGGGCCGAGUCGCAGGGCCACUUCAUCCGGGCGCUGGCCGAGGUGAAGGGGAGCACGGGGCUCGACGUCCAUUUCCUUCAUACCAGCGGCGCGAAGAUCUUCUCCAGCCAUGCGGGCGCGCCGACGGACCGACCACUCCUCGACACAGAGGCAGAUCUGUACGAGAUCCAGAAGGCGCAGAAGGCGCCUGUUCCUCUGAUACAGACGGCAGUCGACACCAACAACAAAGUCAUCGAACAAGCCCUCGGCGUGCACAGCUACAUCUUUGUACCUUGUAUAGUGUACGGCCAAGGCGAAGGCUUCGGGAACCGCAUCUCGAUCCAGACGGUCGCGAUCGUGCGGGCCGCGCAGGCGUUGCGGCGCGUGUACAGCGUCGACAGUGGACGUCCUGUAGGUCUUUAUUUUCGUCCCCCCUGUUUUCAUCCUUGCAACCCCUGCCAGGGGCAUGACCUUGAAGCGAAAGCUCCCUUCUUCUCUCCCAGGCGUCUGCCCAGUUGACGUAACUCUACCCGGUCGGGCAACAUGCAUCACAUCCCCCACCCCUCCAGGCCACUGACAUUGACAUUGAUAUGCUCACGUUGACAAACCAGUCCUGGCCCGUGUGCCACGUGCGCGACAACUCGACCCUGUACCUCGCACUCCUGCGCGGGAUCCUGGCAGGCAAGCGCCCCGGAAGCGGCAAGCACGGCUACUACCUCGCCUCGUCCGGGCACGUGGCAUGGGAAGACCUGUACGCGGCGAUGGCGGCGCGGCUCACCGAGCGCGGCGUGGUGGACGACGGCGCAGUCGAGCGUGCGACGGAGCAGACGCUGGAGCAGAUGGGCGCGGCGCUGGGGUGUCCGAAGGAGCUGGUGGCGGUGCAGCUCGGAGGCCGAUGCACCUUCACCCCGCGCCACGGCGAGGAAGAACUCGGCUGGAAAGCGCAGUAUCCGGCGCGCCACAUCCUCGAGACCGCGGCGGAGGAAGUCGACCUGAUCUUGGAAAACACGGCGUGACACGGCGUGACAGACAGUUGUAGGAUGGGAUAUUGUCCCCCCACCCCCUGCUCAAGUCUCUGUACUUGUACAUACGGCUAUUGAACACGCGGGAGGCACGUCGCUUGUGGACGAGCUAGGAACACACAUUGAAGGGGUUGUUAGGUAUGUUAAUUUCUGUAUUUGCGUAUGUACACGGGAGAGUUGUGGCCCUAUGCUUGAUGUAUAUCCCCGUCUGGACAACUACUCAGUUUGGACUUUGGCCAGAUACAAGCUCGGCCCAGGCCACUCCUCCGGCCCCCUAGAGUACGGAAUGCAUUUACACGCCCAUGGAGGAAAAGCCGAUUUCGCGGUAAAUAAAUAUAAAUAUAAAAAAAUUGAAGACAGCAAUGCUGCCCUUUGUCAGCGUUG